CCGUCUUUCAUUACAGCCGUCCACUGGGAGCAGGCAGCGAGAGUAUAGUGGAGGGAGAGAGGGUGGAAGAGUGCUGAAACAGAGAACCAGCUACAGGGACUGUUGGAAAAAGAGUGAGGGACGGUUGUGUUAGAUCCAAGCAGAGAGACAGAGAGAGAGGGAAAGAGAGAGAGACGGCUUCCCGACUUCUCUCCUCGUGUUGUGUGUGGCCGUGGCAGGCAUGGCGUCGGAGCCAAGCACCCAGUCCAGGGUGAUGUUUCAGACCAAAGAGGAGGAGCCCCCCCAUCGCAAGCUGGGCAAGCUAACAGUGAAAUACAACCGCAAAGACCUCCAGAGGAGACUGGACAUUGAGGAGUGGAUCGACGGGCAGCUGCAUCUACUUUACGACUGUGAGGAGGAAGAGAUUCCUGAGCUAGAGAUUGACAUUGAUGAGCUUCUGGAGCUCUCAGAUGAAGAACAGAGAUCCAGACUAAAUGAGCUUUUGCAAGAAUGUGGAAAGCCAAAAGAGGAUUUUAUCAAUGGGUUGCUUUAUCGGAUGAAAGGCCUUCGCAAGAUGUCAGGACCUCUCAAGAAAUAAUCCUAGGUCAAAGUCUACAAGCUGUGAAUAACUCCAUCCUCAACCCAUAAUGCAUAAAGAAUUGAAUGCCUGUUGAAUUAUGUAGAGACACUGAAUUCCCCUGCACAAAUGGGUCAAUAAGGGAGCUGUCCAUAAAUGUUGUUUUUGUGUAUUACUAUUUAUGUACAGUUCUUAUACUUUUUUUCCAGCAGACAUAGGGUUGCAUUAUGGAUUAUAAUGUCUAUUAUUCAUUUUUUGUGAUUUGUACAUUUUUGGUUGCCUAUUUAUGUUUUUUGUUCUGGAAGGAUUAUGUGUGAUCAUAAAGAAUAUCUUUUCAAGUGUACAUAGGUGGUGGUGUUUAGCUAUAUGUAACAUUUUUACUUGGUUUAGUCAUUAACUGUUUAACUCUGAAUGAUCUUCAAACCUGAAAGAUCAGAGAAUAGACUAGUCUCAAAUAUACAAGGAAGUAUGCUCUUUCGCAGAGAAGACAGGAAGCUUGUUGCUCUUUCCAAAUUAUCUGUAAAUUUUUUUCUUACUCGUUUUUUAUGUUGCUAUAUAUUUGGGCUUUUGUUAAAGUUACCACAGGCAGUAUGGAAACUGAACAGAAAUGUCAUUGUGCCCAAAGACUCAACUAGAACUAUGUGUAAAAUACUGCUUGCGAGAUGGCAUGGUCUUCAGUAGAUUUUACAUUUAUGUCUUAAUGUCUGUAACAUUCUGAAAUGUCACUGCUUCAUGAAAGCACCCCUAAUGUCUUGUUCUUUCUGAGCAUGUAAGAAGCUUUCAAAACUCUUAGAAAACCACUGACAUUUUCAUACAAUGCAGUGACACGUCAGCCAUUACAGAAUGAAUGAAGUUACGAUUAAGGACAGACACAUUACUGUGGGUCCAUAAAAGGGUAAUUGUGUGGAAGACAUUACAAAGUGGCAGCAUUGUUCCAGUUUUCAAGACAAAGUUCAGUGUGGACAGUGUGUGCUUGUUUGCAGAUAUUUGCAUGUCUUGUUCUUAUUGCACAGGUAUAAAAGACAGGUUUUGUUCUUAGUAAGGGUUCAUGGAUGCUCAGUGUUACUAAGAAUACAGGAAUUCAUGAGCAAAUUCAAUACAUAACAGGUAAACCAAGGCAAAAAUCAUCUGCUGACAACCAGAGUUUUGCUGGAAAUAUCUGUUCCCCAGCAAUCUCUCAAAGUGCUUCGCUGUGGACCCAGAACAUAUACAAUCCAUAAUGGCUGCAUCUGUACAUAAGCUAUGUUCUGUUUAAUGCCACAGUGUAGGUCUGACCCGAAAACAACAUGGAACAGGGUCUUAAUGGCCCACUCUCUGUAGCUAAGCCCACUCUAUAUGUCCCCAGAGUCAGUGGAUAAUGUCUGCUAAUGCUGACACACUUCCUAUACUUAUCUCUCAUCCUUUCUUCAGCUUUCAUUCUGCCUCUUUCUACCCAUAAGGGCAGAUCUCUCUCAAACACCUUUGCUUCUAUUUAAGCAUUUGUGACUUAAGUGAACUUGCCAAUACAAUCAUGACACAAUGUAAUUAAGCGUACAGAAUUCAAUAGCUACAAUAUGACAUCUUGUUAAAAUCUCAUCUUUUAAAAGGUAUGAUGUGAUUUACUGUGUUAUAAAGCAAUCCUGGAUCAGAUAGGGGUCAGAAAGCGAGAGGAAGAGAGACAAGGGCCGUGGCUUCCUUCAAGUGAGUGUCUCAGUUAGUGGGAGUGACUCAAGAGCCUAUAGGUCUGCUCAACAUAACACCGUAAAGCAGCCAGACCAUUCACCAGACACUGGCUAGACACUCAGACACACACUAUGCCACUCGGAAAUUCAGUAACCUUUCUUUGUCACCUGCAGAUAAUGUCAGCAGCAUCUGUGGGAUAGAUACUGUAGAUUGUAAUAAAAAUGUGUAUGCCAGACUGCCAUACAAAGACAA